UUCAAAGAGUCGACACAUCCGCAAACGACACAUCACUAUUUGGGUCGGGUGUUUAAAACCGUAGGCCAAAUAUAUAUAGAUAUAUAUUUAUAUAUAUAGCGAUCUAGUGCUAAAGAAAAAUGGCUGGAAAUUGGAAAGAUACUGAAACGAAGGAACUGCUAUCUAUCCGAUCAGAUGAAGAAAUUAUCCGUCAGCUAAAUGGCACUGUCCGGGAUGCAGUGGUGUACGAGAAAAUCACCCAGAAACUCAAAGAGCGCGGGGUUUUCAGAGAAAAGACACAGGUGAUAAAUAAACUGAAAACCCUACGGAAGAAGUUCCACCAGAUUAAACAACGCAACGGCCAAGUGGGAAAGUCAGACUGGCCGUAUUUCGAUAUGUGCCACUAUAUAUGGGGAGGUGGACGUUCUGCAAACCCCAUGGCUUUGCUCAGUCCUUUAGAGCCUUAUCCUUCAGAGAAUGAUGCUGAAACCGUCCUGAGUGAUACAGAAAUCCUGAAGACUGAAGUGUGCACAGAAUUUGUGCCCUUAAGUCCAGCAGAAUCUCCUCUGUCUCCUCAGUCACCACCAAAUAAAAGUGCCAAGAAAGUGUCACGUGGGGAACAAAUGGUGAAAGACAUGAAAGAGUUUUUCUCUGAAAUGGACAGAGACUUUGAAGAAAGGGAGCGCCUUCGUCUGCUGGAGCAGAGGCAAUAUGAAGAGUGUUUAAGGAAGGAGGCAAAAGAGGAAGAGAAAGAAGAGCGGGCCAGGCAAAUGGCCAUGUUUAAAGAGUUACUGGAAUCUCAAAAUGAUCUGCUUAGAGAACUUUUGCAGCGAAUCCCAUCAUCAAAUUCACAUUGGCUUACCCCAUCUAAAAGUAAUGGUGAACCUAACACCACUGCAAAUACCCCAGAGACCAAGGAGUGCACAAACUUUGUACCCAGUAGUCACUCAGAAUCACCUCAGUCACCACCAAACAAAAGGGCAAAGAAAGUACCAAAGGAGGAACAAAUAGCCAAGGACAUGAAAGAGUGUUUUGCAGAAAUCGCCAAGACUUUGGAAGAGAGAGAACGUCUUCGUCUCCUGGAGCAGAGGCAACAUGAAGAGCGCUUAAGAAAGGAGGCAAAGGAGGAAGCACGGGAAGAACGGGCCAGGCAAAUGGCAAUGUUCAAAGAGAUGCAGGAGUCUCAAAAUGGCCUACUAACAGAACUUCUGAGGCGUAUGCCUUCACCCACAUUACAGCAGUUAAAUUCCUCUAAGUACUGGCACUCAGGCAAUCAAUCUAGGUUCAAUACAGACACUGCUGGAAAUAAUGAUGUACAAAACACCUCAGAAAAAGACAUGCUUUUUAACCCACCUUCAUCCACAUCCUUCACGGAGUAAUAACCAGGAAGUUUUUUAAUUAUUAUUUUUGUACAUUGUAUUUAUUUAGUAGUCACUUUAUUGGAGUCUAAUUCAGUCUAAUUCAGCUUGCUCCUGCUCUGUAUGAACAGUCUGAAUCCAAAUUCAAAUUAUGGUACACUUUGUUACCACACUUAAUGUAAGUAGUUUUUACAUGUUUUCUACUGUGCUUUCUGUAACGUCUUUAUGCACAACUUGUAUUCACUUGCACAUUUGCUUGACGAUUUCAUCCGAGAAGACAGUAAAUAUUUUACAAAUAAACAAUCGAUGUCAUUGAUCAUGUAUCACCAUUUAUCAUUGCCAUUCUAAAAUAAUUGGUAGCUUCAAUCGAGCAUUUCUUUAGUCAGUGACAGAUUCACAAGACACUGCAAGCAAGAACACAGUGAAUGUUUAAACAGCAAAAACAAUGAAAAAAUCUUGACAGUAGGUCUGUGGACAAUAGACUGAAU